AUGGAUCAACAUUUCGCUGGCGAGAAUAGCGCAUGGACGCUUGAGAGGCUGAAGCGUGCCGUGGAGAACUUCUCGGCACAAUUGCAGUGCUCUAUUUGCCUGUGCCCAUACGACAAUUCUGUUUCAUUGCCCUGUAAUCAUUGUUUCUGUGAAGAAUGCAUCCAUCGUGCGCUGGAGCUCAAAGCAUUGUGCCCCAUCUGCAAAGCGCCGGCUAACAAGCGACGUUUACGCUACGAUACAACUGUCCAGGAGCUUCUUCGAGCCACUGAAAUGCUGUGCGCUGCUUCAUCUUCAAAAGGAAAACAUGUGGUCAAUCAAACGCAUCAUCAAGAUGAAAAGCAGGUAAAAAAUGAGUCAACGCAGCAUGUAAUCGCUGCUCCAGCGACCAAAAUUGCAAUAACAGGAGAUGUUGCGAAGGCUACAACACCGAAAACGAAGGCAAAGCUACGACUUUGUACUAAACGCAGUUCACAAAAUAGUCCACCAAUUCAAUCGACGCUGAUGGAGAAAAGGGUUGGUGGAAUAACCGUGCAUCUGAUAAAUGGUCUGAAAAUCAAGCAAGAAUCCCUUUCAACGGCAAUUGCGAAUUCAGCCAAAUGGAGAAUGCUGUCGCGGAAAUUUGAUGGAAAUGUGGAAGCAACGCAAAAAAAAUUGCCUGCACUUUGUGAGGUCUCAACGUCAAGCAAUCACAACGUAAGUGCGACGAAUGAUACAAUAAAUAAGGAUAAUUUGGUAUCAUGGAGGCAGUGCUCGGAUACCCGUAAAACUGAUUUGCAUACUGUCGCCACAGACAUGCCACUGGAUAGAAAUCGACAAAGUCUAGAUCUUCGAACGUAUAUUCUACGACAACAGCGAUCUAUUACGAAAGCACAAACAUUAGACAUAGUCAAUACCGAUGAAAUACAAAUAACCCAAGCAGCAGAGCAAAACGACCAAAAAAUGAUUUCAUCACGGCGGCGGAAGUUCAAUUUGGAGAAAGACGAAACCGAUCACAUCGUGGCUGAAACUCAAUCAGAAAUAGUCGAAUUCAUGCAGCACGAGACAUCAAAACGACGGCGACGGUCAGCUACAGAUUUAAACACCGAUGAAAAAGGCACGAAAGGAUUAAUUUUACGACGAAGACGUUCAAAUUCAGAUGCAAUUGGUGUGAGUAAUUACAAAAACGAAAUGAGAGUAAAUGCAGCGGAAGUAAAGUCGCAUACCUUGGCGAUAUUGAAUAGUCGGGGAGUUGCUAAGACUGAAGGUAUAAGAUGUGCAGAUAGCACGAAUGCGCUGACGACUUUGGCAAAAGCAAAAUCAGCGCUUGAUAGAAGACAAGCAUCGUGCAAUGGUGCGGCAGAGUCAGCAAAGCAUUCAUCACUGCUUUAUUCCAGCCAAGGGCAGUCUCUCACGCGAGUCGCGGCUUUUCAACUUGGAGAUCUGGUGGAUGUGAUCGAACGACAAUGGAUAGGCAUUAAUCGAAGAGAUAAUCGCGUGCCUGGUUCUUUCAUUCGGAGACCUGCAGAUGAAUUAGUCUCAGACUCGACACCAAGUCGCGCAGUAAAGAUACGCCAUCGUCGGCAGUCUCUCAAUCCCAUGACUUCCUCAAAUUUACUAACUGCAAAAGAGAAAGGAUUGUCUCAUUUCGUCGGUGAGGAGGGUGUCAAGACGAAAACCAAGACAAACUUAAUAGCUGACAGUAAGCAAUUUGGAAUGGUGUUUCUCUGUUCUGGAUUCAGGGGGGAUCGAAUGCAGCAGAUUAUCAAAUGGGCUGAACUACUUGGAGCCAAAAUCGUCAAUCACUGGUCCAACGAUGUUACGCAUUUAAUAGUGAAAUGCGUCAGUGGGAAUGAUAUCGAAGAGGAUCCUUUGGUCGACAAUUCUGACUCUGGCAUUUCGCCGCAAAGACAACUCAAUGGUAAGCGUAAAUUAUUUCAAGACGAAAUGUGUGGACGCUGGGUGAAAAUCAGGUCAUUAAAAUACCUCAAGGCAUUGAUUGGAGGUCGCUGGAUUGUGAGCGACGAAUGGCUUCAAGCCUGUGCCGCCCAUUGUGGCUACAUUAGCGAAGAAAAUUAUGAAGCUGACGGUCAUUGGAAAGGCAGACAAAUUCCUAAUGCCGUCAAGCGCUCACGUAUGGCUCGAGAAAAGCUUCUUCAGCUGUCUUUACCAAGUAUGGACCGCACAAACAUUGGCACGAUGUUGUUCGCAAACUACUGCUUUCAUUUGACUGGUGAAUUCCUUUCCCCUAUGCCACCGAAAUCAGAAUUACAUACGUUGAUAAACAUGGGUGGUGGAAGGCUUAUUGUUUCAAUCGAUGACAUUCCUCAAAAAAUGCAAAAGCUCGAGAAUCGCUCCCGAAAGCUUAUUAUUGUGUCCGAUAAAAUUAAUCCAAUUGCGCUACGUCAGCAGACUAAAGUGCUAAAAACGCAGCCGCAAUUGAGUUCAGUCUCCUUGUUGGUCAUUGUGAAUUACCUGUGGGUAAUCAAUAGCAUCAGUGAAGCCAAGUUGCGCGAUUUUCCUCAACAUGAGAGAGAUUGA